AUGUCUGCGGCGGUGGCGGCGGUGCCGAUGGCUCGCAAGCGCCCGGCACCGGACCAAGAACCAUUUGCUGCCGACGCGAACAAGCGACCGCGGCACAGCGAUCCCCGGAGCAUCGAUGAGUUCGAGCUCUUCGAGGUGCUCGGCGAGGGCGCGAAGGCGUCGUGCGCAGGGCGCGACCGCCGCACCGGCAAGAAGGUGGCGCUCAAAUGGAUCCGCGGCGAUGGGCCCGACGGCCACGGCCCCCUGACCGCCGCGCGCUAG